AUGUUUCCUACUCUGGGGCUUUUUCAGUCGCUAUCGUGUCCAGAGGGAUCCAAGUGUAUAAGACCAUGGUGUCUGUUCUCUCAUGCCAACGAUGCAUUCCAACAGCCCUUGAUCGCGUCUGUGUCUGCGUCACGCCCAAAGGCUCGGUCGUCCGCCACGACAUCUACACUCCCAUCCACCGUCCCUGCGAAAAGGUCGCAUGAAUUGUCCACACCAGCAACCUCAUUGGCACGGAAGGAUGUCGCCAGUGAACCUCCCUCACAACGAGUGAAGACUGUAUCCACCAGUCGCUCCGUUGCACCACAAACGACGGCUCAUGGCAACGGUGCACCCAUUCUCCGAGUGACCCCAGCACAUUCUCAAGUCGCAGUACCCGUGCGCCAGACUAUGCUCAAGAAUCUGUACGACCAUUUCAUCGUGCUGUAUGAGGCCAUUCUACCAUCAAAUCCUACUCUCGCAUCAGAACAUGCUCUUCGCCAGGAGGAGGAAAUUUACAACAAAUCAACCAAACUGACUUAUCGAAAUGCAGUCAUCAACUCAAUCGCAGCUCUCAAGAGACGGCCCGUUCCCAGUGCCAUAGCGCAUCCUUCCGUUGGUACUGAAGGGGAUAUUGCUGCUCGUAUCGAGUCGCAGAAACAACUAAGUGAACUACGCCUAACCAGGACUGUUGUGCAACAGCUGGUCAUGACGUUAGAGACUAUGAAAAAUUGGGGUUACAUCACCGAGGUGCCCCCUGGCGAAGGAGGAAGUAAACCCGACGCGAAGGAUCAAGUGAAACAGUGUGAACGGUGCGGUCAACCAUUUUCUGUGAGGAAAGAUCCAAAGAAGGACGAGUGUUGCUAUCACUGGGGUCGGCCUUUUAAUAAAAAAAUCAAUGGCGAAAAAUUGCGCUUUUACUCGUGUUGCUCGAAGAACGUGGGCGAAGAUGGAUGCUCCUGGGGAUGUCAUGUGUUCUACGAGUCCGAUGCAAGUGAUCUCCAUACUCGCCAUGCCUUCUCGCCGGUACGCCCCCCGAAAUCUUCUGAUGGUGGCGCGUCAGUGGAGAUCUGCGAUACAGCUUUGGAUGUCGUUGCUCUCGAUUGCGAAAUGAUUUACACGACUGGUGGUAUGCGAGUUGCACGGGUUUCGGUUGUGGAUGGCACAGGUAAAGAGGUAUUCGAUGAACUAAUUCGCAUGGACGACGGAGUCGACAUCAUCGACUAUAACACCCGGUUCUCUGGCAUAUGCCAGGAAAAACAUGAGAAGGCUUUUCUAACGCUCUCAUCUGCACGGCAGUCGCUUGAUGCGUUCAUCAAUUCAGAGACGAUCAUCAUCGGUCACGCUUUAGAGAACGACCUCAAGACACUGCGCAUCAUUCAUCAUCGAUGCAUAGACACGGUGGUUUUGUUCCCACACAGAGCUGGCCCACCAUACAGAAGAUCACUGCGGGAUCUAGCCAAAGAGCAUCUUGGUAUUGUAAUUCAGGCAGGAGAUGGAUCAAGUGGACAUUCUUCGGUAGAGGAUUCGGUAGCAACUUUGGACUUGGUGCGAUGGUACAUCCUCAACAAGGUCACCCCAAAAAAAUCAUAA